AUGGCCGAAGAACGAGUCGCCUGGCUGGGCCUAGGAAACAUUGGCCGGGGAAUGAGCAAGAACAUCGCGCAAAAAGGCCCCCAGACCUCUCUCGUCCUCUACAACCGCACCGUCGCCAAAGCCGUCGCCUUCGCCGAAACCCUCGGCCCCAACAAGGCCACCGUCGCCUCCACGAUCCCCGACGCCGUCCGCGACGCCUCGCUCGUCUUCAUCUGCGUCGGCGACGACCACGCCCUCGACCAAAUCAUCUCCACCAUCCUCGCCGACCCCACCAUCCCUCUCGCCGGCAAGGUCAUCGCCGACUGCUCCACCGUUCACCCAGACACCUCGCGCCGCAUGCACGCCGCGCUCGCCGACCGCGGCGCCGCCUUCGUCGCGUGUCCCGUGUUCGGCGCCCCGGCCUUCGCCGACGCAGGCCAGCUGGUCGUCGUGCCGGCCGGCGACGCCGCGGCGGUCGCGCGCCUCAAGCCGUUCCUCGACGGCGUCACCGCGCGCGCCACCAUCGACAUGAGCGGCCCCGACGACGUCGGCCGCGCCACCACCCUCAAGAUCCUCGGGAACACGUUCAUCCUCAACACCGUCGAGACGCUGGCGGAGGGCCUCGUCGCCGCCGAGAAGGCCGGGCUCGGCGCCGACGUCUACCAGCAGUGGAUCCAUGCGCUCAUCGGCGGCAUGUUCGCCAAGUAUGCCGACCGCAUGUGCUCCGGCGACUACUAUACGCGUGAGGAGCCGCUGUUCGCGGUCGACUUGGCCCGCAAGGAUCUGCGGCAUGCGGCCACCUUGGCGGGUGAGGCGGGCAUGCGGAUGCGGAGUGUCGAGGUUACGGAUGGGUAUUUGGAGGCGCUGAAGGAGGAGAGGGGGGAGAAGGGCGAUAUUGCUGGCAUAUAUGGCGCCGUUCGGAAGGAGUCGGGGUUGCCGUUUGAGAACGACAAGUAG